CCUCAGGGCUGGGGCUCCAAGCUACAGCAAAUGUCCAACAGCAGCUCCAUCAGGCACUUCCUCCUGCUGGCAUUGGCAGACACGCGGCAGCUGCAGCUCCUGCACUUCUGCCUCUUCCUGGGCAUCUCCCUGGCUGCCCUCCUGGCCAACGGCCUCAUCAUCAGCGCCGUAGCCUGCGGCCACCACCUGCACACCCCCAUGUUCUUCUUCCUGCUCAACCUGGCCCUCACUGACCUGGGCUCCAUCUGCACCACUGUCCCCAAAGCCAUGCACAAUUCCCUCUGGCACACCAACAACAUCUCCUACUCUGCAUGUGCUGCUCAGGUGUUUUUCUUUUUGUUCUUCAUUUCAGCAGAGUUUUCCCUCCUGACCAUCAUGUGCUACGACCGCUACGUGUCCAUCUGCAAACCCCUGCACUAUGGGACCCUCCUGGGCAGCAGAGCUUGUGCCCACAUGGCAGCAGCUGCCUGGGCCAGUGCCUUUCUCAAUGCUCUGCUGCACACAGCCAAUACAUUUUCCCUGCCCCUGUGCCAUGGCAAUGCCCUGGGCCAGUUCUUCUGUGAAAUCCCACAGAUCCUCAAACUCUCCUGCUCACACUCCUACCUCAGGGAACUUGGGCUUCUUGCUGUUAGUGCCUGUUUGGUAUUUGGUUGUUUUGUGUUCAUUGUUUUCUCCUAUGUGCAGAUCUUCAGGGCUGUGCUGAGGAUCCCCUCUGAGCAGGGAAGGCACAAAGCCUUUUCCACCUGCCUCCCUCACCUGGCUGUGAUCUCCCUUUUCCUCAGCACUGCAAUGUUUGCCUACUUGAAGCCCUCCUCCAUCUCCUCCCCAUCCCUGGAUCUGUCCCUGUCAGUUCUGUACUCAGUGGUGCCUCCAGCUCUGAACCCCCUCAUCUACAGCCUGAGGAACCAGGAGCUCAAGGAUGCCCUGAGGAAACUGAUGAUUGGAUCAAAUCAGAAAUAA